GUCAAGGUUGAGGUCGGUCGUGUCAUGGAGUCGGAUGACGGGGUGAACGUCAAGAUCACGAAGUUGACCAAGAUUUUCUUGGACAGUGGUCUUGCUCGCCAUGAAGUCGUGUCCCCCAGUUUGGUUUUGUGUCAUCCUUCCAACAGAGGUGGCAGCAUGUUGAAUGGCCAUGAUGUGGUUCAGAAGGGUGAGGUCCUCAUGAAGCAAGGAGUCCGUCAGGAUCUGCUGGAGGCAUCCAGUGUCGCCUUUUGUCUGUCCAAGCAAGAAGAGAAGCGAAAGUCUCAGGUGAAUGCGAACAAGCUCUUGGCAAGCCAUCACCCCGACUUACUUGCUCCCCCCAGCGGUGCAGAGAGGUACCUGUCGGUAGGCUCCAGCCACUCAACCGCCUACAUGAGAGCAAUGCUGUCCGGCAUCCUCCCUGAAACCCACCUGAGCAAGAAGGAUGGACCAUUGAAAACGUGCUUGCACACGGGAUGGCGGUGGUUAAUCAUCGAAGACCUCGUUGAGGAAGAAUUCCCAUCGAUGCCCCUUCUUCUAGCAUCGGGGUUAAAUUCGACCAACUCGGUCCAAGUCAGCCAGAGCGAAAUCGAAGUCUUGAUGACGAUCGGAAGGUAUGUGUCCUUGCAUGGCAUGAGUGUGCAGCAGGCAAAGGACAAAUGCCUCGAGGCCGAACCUACAUGUAAGGACUAUAUAGACGUCCUGGCCCAUUUCGCGGCUCGUUAUGGAGGAGGCGAAGGUUUCCCUCUGUUGGAGUUUUUGGGGGCUUUCGGAAAGGUCUACGGUGCCAGCCGGGUGCUGGGGUCGGUGUUUAUGAAAGCCGUUACCUAUUGCGACUUCAAAGUGGAGGGGAAUUUGCUGCCGUGUCUACGGGUCGCACUUCUUGCAGCACAAAUCACCAGCCCAAAAGCUGUUGAUAAAGUGGCCCAGUUGUUGUUCAAGUCGGAUAUCGAGAAACUGAAGAACUUCAAAAACAAGGGACCUCUUGUAGAAGCGGAAAACCUCCUGAAGGGCUGCUGGGACACGGUGCAAGCCGCGAAUGUUGAUGCCAAGCAAAGGAUGCAGGCCUACGGUCGAUGCUCAGUUCGGGUGGCACUCUUUCUGUGUCAGAAGGAGAAAGAGGGACGGGAGGGACAAGAAAUGGGGAGUCUCGCUGAGAUUUCCAAAGCUUUCGGUAUGGAACUCUUGGGCAUGUCCUCUGGACCGGCCAGUUCAUCCACAGACUCCGCCCCGGUUGUUGAGAACAUGUUGACGGCUAGCUUCACGGAUGUGGUUCUGAAGCAGCACAAGCACUUGCAUGUCGGUGGCAGCUUUGUACACAAGGAUCACGGCACCAAAAUCUUUGUCAUGGUAGGUGUUGAGGAUGACAAAGUCGUGUUCCAGCACCAGUCUUUGCUCGGGGAACCCAUGAGGGUUCAGGUGCCAGCUUCGGCUGAGUUGGGGAAUUGGAAGAAGACGAAGCGAGUUCAGCCUGUUGUUCUCGAUGCCGUGAAAGCUUCGGGGUACACCGUGUCGGCUAGCCGUAUGCAGGCCGAGGCAUUUGAGUUGGGGCAGGCUCAGCUAGAGUUGUAUCGAGAGUUCAUUGCCAAGCACGAUGACAAGAAGGAUAUCAGCUUCGUGACCCCGCCUUCGGGCUUGUUGGUCACGGCCCCCAUCAGGAAAGGUGCCCUGUCCCUGGUUGCUUUUGGCCAGCUUACAAUUGUCAAGGAGCCUAGCAAGGUGAAGGAUGGUGUUUGGGUCGGGACGUACUUGCUCCAGGGGCCCAAGGUUGUGUCCGAUUUCGAGAAAUUGGACGACAAGUCCUUGCUUGUGCCGUUUUGGUAUGUUCGUGCAACCAACGAGAAGGAGCUGGUCAAUAUGACCUUCGUGCAUAAGGAGCUUGGCUCCCUGAAGGUGCCCAGCUACUUGAACCGUCGCGACUUGGCACCAGGAGAACUUCUCUACUGUGCCAGUGACAGCCUCAUCGCCAAGGAGGCUCAAUCCUCGGCCCCGGCUCCCCCGUCUCCGGUCAACAUGGACGUGGAAGUGGCACAUGUGCUGCAGAUCAAGACAAGAGACCACGGUCUCGGCUUGGUCAUCCCUUCAGACUUGGUGCUGGAGCACGAGGGGAAGAAAUACUUGAAAUUGGUGGGCAGUCAUUAUUGGCUGUGCAAACUCGUAUGCCCUGAAGCUUACAAGCGAACCAAGAACAUCACCCUCGCGAACACAGCUGCAAUGAAAGAGUUGCUAGAGGCAGUGCUUGCAGGGUUCCUGACAAAGGAAAACGAAGAACAGGAAGAGCUGUUCGAAAAGAAGCCGGGCGACAAGAAGGGCAUGAAAAGGAAACGAAGCAUUUUGUUGACCACGAAUGUGAAGAGCAUCACCUUGCCGGACGAUACGAUUGCAGAGUUUUGCCUUGAGAACCAUCAAACCUCGUGCCCGGCAGUGUUGAUCGAGAACUCGUCUCUGGAAGCAGUGCUGGGCUACUUGCAGGGUGCUUGUGAGGAGUGCUCGGGUGCCACGAGUUGUAUCCUGAUCGACAUGUUGAUGGCAUGCAGGACGGAAUGCAGGAUCAUUCACGGUCCGUGGCGGCACAGCGGGCGAAGCCUGAACAAUUGCCCUGUGCUGUGCAAGUCGUGGCACGAGGAUGACCCGGAUCCCACUCCGGCAUGGCUUUUCAGGCUUCGGGGCUCGCCGUGGUGGGUCGUGGCGAGCUCCGUCGUGGAGGAGGACGACUGGAGCGGAGUGGAGGUGCUGGCAUCCAUCGAGGGCGACUUUUUGCCACAGGGCAGGGUCUACGUGCCGUGGGACAAAUGGGAGGCGGAGGCAAUUCUUCCCGUUUGGAGCCAAGGCCUUUGCCAGGCGAUCGUGGAAAUCUUCCAAGGGUUUUCCACUGUGGCUUGGGCAAAUGAAGCAAGCUAUCUGGGUCAGAUCCAGCGGUUGGAAGCCCGUGUGCAGCUGCUCAAAGACGAGAAGACCCAGCUGGAACUACUUGUGGAGCAGCUCUUCUUGGAUGCAGAGGAUCGCGAGCAGAAGCUUCGCCAGGACAAGAAGUUGCAUGUUUGCAUGUUGCCCAGAGCCCGCUUCCUCCACUGCUUUUCCUCCUGCUGCUCCUCGGGCUCCCUUCUUGGCAGCUCAGACUCCAGCAGGGGCGACCAUGGGGGCUCCGGCGAUGGGGACUCCGAUAACUCCUCCACCAGGGGCGACGACGGGGACGACUCCGGUUUUUCCUCCAGCAGGGGCGACGACGGGGACUCCUUUUUUUCCUCCACCAGGGGCGACGAUGAUGGGGACUCCGAUUUUUCCUCCAGCAGGGGCGACGAUGGGGUGAGCACAAGCUACUGGACGCCUCGGGUGGAGAGUGGAAGCUUGCAUGGCGAAGACAGCCGGACAUGGAAUGCUCAUGGGGUCAACAGUCUGGACUUGGUAGCUGGGCUUCUGGAAGCUCUCCUCGGCAUGGCCGUUGCUUCGUUCGGCGACAACGUGGGUCCCCUGGUGAGGGGUGCUCCUGGCACCGAAGGAAUGCCGGAUGUGAUGUUCGACCCGGACGAGUGGGCUCGUCUUCGGGAGGCUUGCUUCUUCGACUACUUCCCGGGCGUGAAGAACUGCUGCGACUGCCUUUUGAUCUGGGGCCCCUGGGACAGCUCUCGGGAAGGCACUGGCCACAAGAAGACUUGUGAUGCCCGACAGAGGCAAGCUGCAAGGGCGAAAUCCAGUUUGCCAAACGAGCUCAAGAAGAGGCUCAGUGAGGCCGUGGUCACAAAGGCUGCUGCUGCUACUGAAGAGCAAGGGAACAAAACCGUGAGGAGCCCACAGUCCUUAACCAACAUUCCGGCUUAUUGCACGAAGGAGGAAAUGAACACCCUCAUGACGGGCGAUAUCAACAUUGCCGCUGUGACGAUUGUGCAGAGGUUGAAGAAAGUUGGGAUGACAUCGAUGAAAGAGGACACAAAAAGGGCAGCUGUGGCCCUAGAGGUCCAGGCCAUGAUUUGGCAUGGGCUUCCCAGGCCAUCGCCGGACGAGAUCUACUCGAAGGCACAGCAGCUCGGUAAGCAGUUCCUCGCCGACCUCACCAGCUCGCCCGUUUGCCCGGUCAAGGUAUAUCCGUCCCUCCCGACCGGCCUGGGCGAAGAUUGGGUCAAGAAGGUGUAUGGCACAGAGAAGCCGAGCUUGCUCAACCUUCCCGGCUAUGCUUGCCUGCAGAACGAUUGCCCUGUACGGGAAACCCACCGGUUGUUGUCUUGGAACCAGAGGAAGGAGUUCCCGAGCUCCGGUCGUCGUGGGCAAGCAAGCAUGGGGGGCUUGGACUUGCAUGGUUGCAUGGAAAAGAUCAUGGGUGAUGCUAUGCAACAGAUGAUGCAAAAUGCUUUCGGUGGUGGCCAAAACGGGCUCACAAACUUGCAGGUUUUUAACAAAAAACCCAGCAGUGCCAUGGAGCAGCUGGCACUUGCCCGCCAACAGCUCGGACUCCCAGCACUGGAUGACCAGCCCACAAGUGCUCCCUCCCAGCUUAGUCUUCCCAAGAUUGAGGCCAACCCUGGCGACUUGAACCCUGCAGCUGCUACCCAGCCAGCCGCUCCGAUCAAUACGACCCUUGCAGCCUCUACGAACACGACCUCUGCUGGAGUAGAGCCUCAAGGUGCUUGCGAUCCGAAACCUGCUGGCCAGCCCAUGAGCCUCGAGGAUUUCGAGAACAAGAACAUGUGUGACAUGGAGAUGAAAAAGGCUGCAGCCAACAAGAGGCUCAAGCGCAAAUCGCCGCCUGCUCAGCUUGCAAUUGAGGACAAGAAGCCCAAAGCUGUGAAGUCACAGACGGGAGCUGGUAAGUCGAGCAAGCCCUCCAGCAAGAGCGAGCCUGUCAACCCUGGCUGGGGCUGCACUCGCUGCCGUGGCAAUGUGAAAGGCUGCCCUUCUUGUGCCCGUGAGGAUUUCCAGGGCAUCAGAUUGAACGGUCGCCGUGCAUGGGAAGAGUAUGUGGCAAACAAGAAGAAGAACAAAGCCAAGAAGUGA